UGGCUAGAUUAUUUAUCAAGUAACAUAAUAAUUCAAUAAUUGAUAUUACAUAAUAUAUAUAAACAUUAUACAUUGUACAAAAAAUAUAAUAACAAAAAUAAUCUGAAAAUGUUCAAAAUAUAUAUUAUCUAAAGAAAAAUGGUUACCACAAAUUGCUAACAACGAAUUUAAACCGAUUAUAAUAUAAACCAAAUUAUUAAAAAGAUAUGUUACAUAAAACAAUUAUAAUAAAAUUAAUUAAGCUAUAUAAGAAAUAUGAUCAAGAAAUAUUUAUAGUUCUUAAUUAUUUUAUAUCUAUUAUUUUCUUUAUUAAAAUUUUGUAGAAACGUCAUAAUUUUGUAAAAUUGCAAAAAAAAAAAAAAAAUUAAAAUUUGAAUUAAAAUGUGACAAUUUAUGAAACUAUAAUGAUUUAGAUCAAAUUGGAUCACAUCUCGGUCAUCCAUCGGUUCAAGUGGUUAGUUUCGGGUUAAAGUGAUGUUUUAAAUAUGGAUAUUAUAAAAAAUCUAAAUCGAGUUAUCGGGUCACUGGAUUAACCGAUUUGACAGCGGGUUCGGAUCGAAUGUAAAAGCACUGUUUUAAAUGCAAAAAUAUUUUAAAUACAUAAAAUUGUUAUAAAUUAACAAAAUAUUUGUUAAGAUAUUAGUGAAAUUUGUGUUUUCAAAGCGUGGAUCAAAAUCUAGUUGAAUGUUAAAAGCUUAUCUCUUCUUGAUAUAUUUAGGUGGUGUUAUUCAAUAGUGGAUUUAAAGUUAAUUCUAUAUAUUUUAUAAUCUAUUUUUAUUCAAUGAUUGAUUUUAAAUUCUAUACUCAAAUCUAGUGUUAUUUGUUAUUACUUUUAAAAUAUCUCAACUUAAUGAUUUUAAGUCUAGUGUUAUUAAUUUUUAGAUUUACAUUCUCUUCAUUAAAAAAAAUUAAAAUCCACAUCGUUAUUCAAUCAAAUAUUUGAAUGCAAAAAUUGAAAUCUAGUGUUAUUCAUGUUUGAUAAAAUUCUUAGAAUCAUUUGAUUUGAAAGCUGUUUGAAUGGUUUGAAUCGAGUUUUAUGUGUAAACUAAACUAAUCAAAAUCUAACGUUUUACCAUGAGAUUUUAAAUUUUUUCUUACUCAAAUAAAAAACAGUAUUAUUAGUCACUAUCUAUCAGUUUUAAUCAUCAUCACAAAAAUCAUUGUCACAAAAUAUCCCUCGAAAAAUAACUAUAGCAUGCAUGCGUGUAACACAUUGACCAUCAUUUCUAUUAUGACAUUGUUUUAUAAUUCAUUCAAACAAUUAUUUUCAUUUUAACCAAGGUCGAACAAUUAUUGUAGAAGUUUGAAACAUUGGUAGAUUUGUCAAUCAUUUAAUAUUUGAUUUAAUUCUAGUAUAUGAAUUAUGAUGAAUUUAUAAAUACAAUGAUAUAGAUUUAAAAAUCUAGAUUCAAACGAAUAAUGAAUCAAUUUGAAAUGGACAAAAUCUGAUGUUUUCAAUAUCUAAUGGAGUUGAUUUAAAUUCCAAUAACUCCCCAUUAAUUUAAAUUAUUUUGUGUGGAUAGAAAAUUCCUGGUAUUAUAUGUCCUGCUUUGACUACUACUCACUUUCAAUAGUCAAAACAAUAUAACCUUUUGCAUAACAAAGAAAUAUAUAUUAAAUCAAGAACUUGGUUUACUUUCCAUGUUUUUUGUUUGACCAGAGCGCAAAUGACAUCUUGCACGUACAUGUAUCAGAAAAUGCUUUAAAUAUUAAAUUGUUUUCCAUUUGUAGUAAAUGUCAAAUAAAACCAUAAUUAAAAAUAAAAUUGUAUUCAUAAAAUCGAACUAGGGUUUGAAAUUUUGGUAUAAAAACACCACGGCUCAGAUCACUUGUCUCUAUCUUUCACACCUCUUCAUUUUCAUAGUCUUUCCCUCAUCUGUUGAGAACCUCACAUCUUUUCUUCUCCCGUAUAGUUGUCAAAUUUAAAACAUAUCUUCCCCUCAUGUCUCUUCCGCAAAACCCCUUCACUUCAUCAACAAGACCAUCCAUGAAGAAAUCACCAUCGUUAGAGAAAGAAGGCAACCAGAUGCAUAUCAAAAACGUCGACCGAAUCAGCAAACUUCCGGACGAUAUGUUGCUCAAAAUAAUAAAGAGCUUGUCAACAGAGGAAGCGGUUCAGACAAGUUUGUUGUCCAAACGGUGGGAAGGUGUUUGGAAGCAAAUGCCUUAUCUCUUCUUCGAUAUGAAAAAUGCUCUCAAGGUGGAGUUGCCUCUAGCCGAACAAUCCCAUUUCAUUGCCCAGUUGAUAACCAAGGUUAUAAACAAUCACAGUGGCAAUCUGGAGCACUGCAAAAUCCUGCAUAUGACACCCCAAACUCAAGAUGGUACGCUGGAAACUUGGAUCCGAUCAUUGAUCCACGUGAAACACAGUAAAUGUCUCGAACUUAAGAGAUUUCGUGUUAAUCGUCCUGGGAGAGCUCGUGUGCUCCACUUACCCCCAAACAUAUUUUCACAUCCAAUGCUCACAUCACUCCUUCUGUCUCGAUACCAAUUUGAGUCUGCACAUGCCUUUAACAAUUGCAAUAACCUCAUUAUUCUUAAACUUUUUAAAUUCAAAGUUGAAGGUGAUGUGCUCAACACAGUCAUUGCAUCGUGCCCCUCCCUCAAGAUGCUGGUACUAGAAAUCUUCCAAAACAGCCGAACUGGCUGUCUGAAGAUUCAUAACAACAACUUAAAGUUUGUGCAUUUGACUUGCACUGAAAUUGAUAACGUUGAAGUGUCUGCAGCUCUUCUGGACAUACUCUCUAUUCACAAUGUUAAACUUAGUAGGGGGGUUAAUAUCGUUCUUGACGCCCCAAGAUUACUUCAGUUUAGUCAAAGAUUGUGGAAGGUAUGUCAAAGUUUGCCUCACAUAGUCUACAAUAUCUCAUGCGACACUCAGGGGAAUGAAAACAUUGGGCAUGAAUUCGUGAUGAACAUAGAAAAUUACUUCAUGGUUGUGUUUGCAACUUUGGCGGUGAAUGUGGAUAUGAUGAAUCCAAAAGAAGUUUACAUGCUAAAGCAAGUUUUAGAAGCAUGGGCUAGAGACUUGCAAAUUCUCCAGAUCUUCUUUAAGGAUAACGAUAUUGACAAGAAAGAAGGUGAAUCUUCUAUUGACGGAAUACAAAAUAAGUGGGGAAAUUACUUUUUCGAUAUUGAUUUCCGUGUGAAAAGUGUGUUUUUGUAUAACUUCAAUGGUUCGGAUGAGGAUCAAUUUGCUUUGGCUGCAAGUUUUGUGAUACAAGGGAAGAUGAUGGAAAGUUUGACGAUCGAUACGUCUUCGCUUCCUGCAAACAAAACGUUGGCGAUAGAUACUGUAGUGGCGAAAUUGAUGAAACUUCCAAAAGGUAACAAGAACCUUAAUAUUAAAUACAUUUGAUUGAAUUUGAUUCAAUCUAGUUAUUGGGUCACAUGAAAAAAUCUAUACUUUCCCUUUAUUUGAGUAAGGAUAAAUUACAUGGGUUAAACAUUCAAGUAAUAUGUUUGGUGAUUUUAUGUUUUAAUAUUUGGGAUUUGUCUUGUAUUAAUCUGAAUAUUGUGAGUUGUUCCAUUAAGUUAUUAUCAUGAUCAAUACUUUUUCAGAACAAUUAACGUGUUUUCAAAAGGGAUAAAGUAUUUUCAAUUAUAUUAUACUGCUGAGUGCUGACAAAAAUCAACAUAACAUUAAAAAAAUUAUGUAAGCUUUCUCUAAACUUAAUUUGGCCACUGCGUCAAAUUUUUAUUUGUUAGAAGCAGUUUAGGGUUACAACAUUACAAAUAUGGCAUUUUAAAAACGUAGGUGAAAUACUUGUAGUAUGUUCCUCCAGUAACCGGAUUGUUGGCAAUUACUUACCAUUUCUGUGUAUAUAUAGUUAGUUUCUAUUUUUCAUAUUUAGACCUUAGAAACCCUAACAUGAAUGAUGAAUCAACGUAUCUCCCCUUCUAAAGCACAAAACAUAAGUCUCUCUUCUCCAUCUGCUUAUGAAGCCACAACAAUUCUCACAAUGUGUUUUACAUUUAAAACUUUUUGGUAGCUCAAUCAUAUCGGUUUACCAUCUGAUCAUGCAAUUGCAUGAUAGACGAAGAGAUAUAAAACUAAAAUGAUGGCUUAAGUUUCCCUCGUAAUAUUUUUUUUUGUGCAAUAAAUUUACGUGUUAAACAAAACAAAAUGCAAAUAUUUGGAGCAGAAUCUACAAAGUCUGGUCUCAAGUAGUGUAUAGCCAUGAGUUAUCAAGAAGAGACAACAGAAUUUGGAGCAGAAUCUAUAAAUCCUGGUCUCAGAACACUCACUUUCAUGAUUUCAUCUCACCACGAUAAAUGAUAGUUUCGUCCAAACUAACAAACAAACAAAAAAAACUAAGGCUUGCAUUAAAAGACAACAUUUCCUUGCUACAAUAUUGAUAACAAGAAGUAAUGAGAGUAGCUUCGGUGGAUACACAUGUAAUUCUAUACUAAUAAAAGGGACUAGAGACUAAUCGAGGCUCCAGAGAGCGUCUACGUCAGCGUAUAAUCUCUCUUCGAAAAGAAGCCACGUGGCAUUAAAUCAUAUCAUCAAAAAUAUUGAUAUAAUGUAUAUUUUACAUUUUAAUAUUACUGAUAAUUAUUAUUCCGAAAAUAUACAUUUACAUUUCAAUAUUGUCAUAUAAAAAUAAAAUCAUACGAAAAUAAUAUAUACAAUAAUA